UAAGGAAUUGCAUGUUUAUCGUUUCCUUUUCUGCUUGUCCCUCAGCACAAAGCGCCACCAUGAAAGCCUUCCCACUGCAUCACUUUCCAUUUCCUUUACAUUCUUGUCUUUUCCACAAUUGACUUCUAAAGAUCAGAUAUGUGCUUGUAUUCUUCACUUAUUCCUUGUUGGCACCACUCAAAGCCCUUCGUAGGGAAUCAUGUCUUGGUGCAUGCUGCUUUUUAAUGGCAUCUAUGCCUUGAUCCACUUUGAUCAAGUCAUUUCCUUCGUCCAGUUCCCCACAGCCGCUCUCUAUAUAUACAACCCAGCAUCUUGGCUGCUCUAACUGUGCAGUUCUUAGUUAGUCCUCUUGUGGCCUUGUUCUUCUUCUUCUCCAAAAACCCAGUGCAGAGUUCUGUAACGCCAGGAAGCAUGGCUUCGAGAAGAAUCAUCAAGGAACUAAAAGAAUUACAGAGAGACCCACCUACCUCUUGCAGUGCAGGUCCUGUGGCAGCUGACAUGUUUCACUGGCAAGCAACCAUUAUGGGGCCUAAUGACAGUCCCUACGCCGGCGGUGUCUUCCUUGUUGUCAUCCAUUUCCCUCCAGACUAUCCCUUCAAACCCCCAAAGGUCGCUUUUAGGACUAAGGUCUUCCAUCCAAACAUAAACAGCAACGGCAGCAUCUGUUUGGACAUUCUGAAAGAUCAAUGGAGUCCUGCUCUCACCAUAUCAAAGGUUCUUCUCUCAGUCUGCUCUCUGCUCACAGACCCCAACCCUGAUGAUCCCCUUGUACCCGAGAUUGCCCACAUGUACAAAAAUGACAGAUCUAAGUAUGAAGCCAUUGCCCGCAGCUGGACCCAAAAAUAUGCCAUGAGCUGAGAAAAUACUCUUUGGCCCUUUUAUGAGCCAAGAAGAAGACUGGUGAAUUAUUCUAAUAGGCUGUAAUCUACUGGUUCUUUCUACAUGAACUGUCCCUUUCAGUUUCGAGUCUGAUGGAGUUAUUGGUUAGCCUUUUUGAGGAUGUACUUUUUUCGUUUCAUGAAGACAUAAACUAUAAAAAGCAGGAUCUGUUUCUGUCUA